AUGAAACGAAAGAAUAGCGUAGAAAAGCACAAAAAAGAAAGAAAACAGGAAGAGAACGAGGGAGCAUCUACGCCUACACAGGAAGUGCCUGUGGAGCCAGAAGCACAGCCGGCCCCUGAGGUGGAGGAGCCAGCAGACGAUCAGCCUUCCUCAUUUAGCAUAGGCCCGUUAUCGCUUAUAGCCGCAGCACGGAGCUCUAUCUUGCGGCUUCUUGCAGGGAUCAGAACAGAAGCAAGAGAGCGCACAGAGGAAAACGAGCAAGAUGCAGCUGAAAGAGGAGACACAGAGCAGACAAUAAAUCUGGCAAAUAUGAGGGAGGCCAGCCAGAGGCUCUAUAACAUGCGCGUCAUUCCCUUUGAGCCCUUUAGAGCCAUUGCAAAUGCAAUGCAGCAGGGAAGAGAGCUGAACGAAAUCGAUGAAGAAGUAAACCUCACAGAAAUCGACCUUUUCUUUGAAAGCCCAAACAUCAGCUCCUUUGAGCAGAAUCCGAACCCCAUAACAAACAUCAUUCUUACGAUCACGUACUAUAUUAACGACAGUCCUUUGCGCCCCAAAACUGUGUCCCCUGAAGAUCUGGAAAAAGACGUCCCAGAGGUAGAAGCCAGCGGAGAGGAAGGAGAGUGCUCGAUAUGUUUGCUUAAUAUAGAAGAAAAGGAGGUAAUUCGCAAGCUUCUGUGCAAACACAUUUUCCACAGCAGCUGUGUCUCUGAAUGGCUGACUAAGUAUUCAAAUGAGUGCCCUAUGUGUAGAAAAGAGGCAGUUGUAAAAACUGCAGACGAACCCAGUAAAUAA